ACACACACACACACACACACACACACACACACACACAUCACCUCUCUCUCUCUUAGGCUUUCUCUCUACACGCCCCACAUACAUCAGUAUGUCUUUAGCACUGACCGGGCUGCUCAGGCAGUGAGAGGAGAGAGACACAGUAUUAGUAUUCAGAGCACAGGGGAGGAAAAAAAAGGAGAGUGAGCGAGUGAGCAACCGAAAGAGAGAGAGAGAGAGAACGAGAGAGAGGGAGAGGGAGGGGAUAGUGAAAUAGAGAGGAGGAAAAAAACAACAAGGAGGGGGUAAAAUAAAAGAGAAGAACACGGGAAACGGGAGGGAGAAGAGGGGAGGGCAGGGAUAUCAUAUUGUUCAUUUCUCCCUCUCAGUCUGCCAUCCCGGUUGCGGGGCUGAUAUCUCGGUGCAUCUUCAAGAAGAGAGAGAGAGGAGGGGGUGGACGAGCUGAAAGAGGGCGGAAUGCCCCUUCACUAGCGUCGCAUCUGACUUAAACAGCGGAGCGGCUCGUAAAUCGGAAAUUGGGGAGAGAAGGAGACGCUAAGGUAGGCAGAUAAUUGCUUUGUUACUCCUCUAGAAAACAUGCAUUUGGCUCUGUGCUACCUGCGAUGUUCGCGUUAUUCGCAUCACAUCUCCUUUGAUCCUGCAUCCCGCACUGUGUGCUGCUGAAUAUGCCCUAAAUCUAGCAGCAUGUGUCUGUUUUCCAUUAAUAUUUAAUGGAUAUUAUUUGUGCAUCACCCUGCCGCUUCCAUAUUGCAUUUCAGUCAGCGGAAGGAUUCUGUUUCGAGCAUACAGUAUAGUGGGAUGCCUGUUGUGUGGAGGCAGUCUGUGCAGGCUAAUGUAGGCAGAUAACAGGCUCGUUUCUGAGGCACAAGUGUAUCAAUGGCAGCCCUGCGCGCGGACGACGGUUAUUUAACUUUUUAAAAACGCUAUUUGAUGCAAAAGGCGAUCAGACGGCUGGGUGCGCGCGAGAGCACGCACAAACACUGAAGACAGGUUGACGCGCGUAAGACGUGCGUAAUUCCCCCCCUCCACCCACACUCCUCUCACCCCACCCCAACCACAACCCCCCUCCCCAAACCAUCAAAGGCAGAGUUGCUCGGGCUUCCUCACCUCAGAGAAUCGUAGUCGUGCAGAAAAUACCCCCCACCCCUGCCCCAACCACUGAGACCCACUGACUCACCACACUGACAUCGAGGCAGGUGAAAAAUUAAGUGAGAGCGGCCCAGUGUGUGUGUGUAUGUGUGUGUGUGUGAUAACACUCCCUGUCUGUAAAUAGGUCCUGCUCUGCAGCUCCACUAGCUGUGCAAAAGACAGGAAGAGCAGCACCGAUAUCCCAGGGUUGCUGGCUUGCCACUUGCUUUCUAUUUCCUGUCCCAUGUUAUAGAUAAUUUAGACACUUGCAGCUUCAACAGGCCAACAGAAUCGGUGGGAAGCUGUGAAAUCCUGAAUAGCAACCUUUGAUAUGUGUGAAUGUGGGCUAGAAAAAGGUAGGGAUAAAGGGAGACGACGUCUGCUGUUGGUGUUUGAUUGCAUGUUUAUAGAGAUAUAUGGUCUUAAGCAGAUAUUAAGGCCCACUCUUUCCCACUUCAUGUUAUUUAUUUGCUGAAAGGGUGUCCAGGAGCUAUUAUGGGACAGGCGAAAUUGGAACAACCCCGGGGCUGAGGCUCAGCAAAGCUAUUACCUCUAGUCAAUAGACAUUAAUAUCCCCACGUUCAAUCUUGGCCUCAUACCGAGCAGAGUCUGUCCUGGUGAAACACAGAAGCUCUCCUGGAGUAACCAAAAGGAUGUGCUGUAGUGGGCCUAUCUGUUUACCCCUGUGCAUCAAUCUGUCACAGCCCAAUGAGCAGAGAGGAGCAAUGAUAGCAUUGUCUCGGGCAGACACCGAUGUGGCCUGGAAAGGAAGUGAUGCAAAACAAAAUGCAGGAUGUGCCAGUGUCGGUGUAGGGAGGUCAUGACCUCUAUGAAUCAGGGAUAGUCCUGACAAAUGGCAGAUGAUCUAAGGCUACAGGAGUACAUCGAUUUGAGUCGGUGCACGACAUGAUAUGGCCCAGCAGGGUCCGUCAUAGCGACAGCAUCAAAGUGUGUAGCUGUGAGGAGUUGGUUGCCAGUUUGAUCAGCACUGCAAACAGAAAAUGACACCUUUGUUCAAAAUCAAAGAAAAAGUGGUUCUGAAGUACAAUCCAUGAAAGAUCAGACAAGAGGAGUGUGAAAUAUGCUUAAAAACUUAAGUUAAUUUACAGACUUUGCAACUAAAAAGCGAUGAAAGCUUCCAGGACAAGGAGGAAAAGUCAAUUAAGGAUGACUUCCAGGUACAGAUGAAAACAAAGAAGCACAGCAGCUGAUAGGAAGGCUCGAAAGCAGGUUCACUGAGAUCCGUCUGAAACAUCCUAUUAGGUAUAUCCAAUGGAUUAGUCUCCUUUGUCUGCAAGAGCUCUAUGCUGUUACAUAAAAAGGCUCUGACUGUUCUCAGUGAAAUGUUGCAAUUAGGAAGGUAUUAAUUUUCUUUCUAUGAAGAGAGUUUGACAUUUAAGAAUCCCGGGCCAAUUCAAGUUGGUGCAAACUGAGUAUACUGUAAGAGAAAAGAGAAGCUGAAGAGACUUGGAAAAGGAUAUGAUGUGAAAUUGAUGAUAGGCAAACUCUGAAAUUCACCCCAAGGUUACUCAUGGUCUACAACUCCAGCUUUCACUACUGUGAUAAAUAAAACGAUGGCCUUUUUCUGAAUUGGGAAAACUGAAACUGUGGCAGACCCAUAUGUGUCAUAUUUCACUCAACACAGGGACAGAUAUUGUUUUUGACCAGAAAAUCAAAUGCCAGAUGCUGAUAUGAAGCUGCAGUAGAUCACAGGUUUGUGGUAAAGCAUCCGCACGUCUUCUGCUUCUCAUUCAGCAGACAGCAGCAUUUCAAAUACCUUAUCACUGUAAUUCCUAGACCCAGCUGAGGUGUAUGAUUCAUCGCUGGGAGACAGAUUGCACGCACAGAUUUUGGAUUCAGAUCCUUGUUACUGAAAAACCUGCACCCCCUCGGGUUUUAUCAAAUUCGCCUUCGCCCUGCUCGGGUUUUUUCUUUGUUUGUUUGGAGCUGUUGGAUGGAAUUUCUGAGCAAGUGAGAGAACCACUGGAAUUGUUGUGUGAGCAGUGCUGAGCCACAAAUCCAAUACAACUGCUCAGAAAAGGUGUAUUCAAUAUUAAAUAAAUAUUUAUUGGUUAAUGCCCCAGCAGUAUGAAAAUGUUUGUGCUGGGUGUCAUGUUUAUUUUGGAUGUGCUUCUUAACUCUAAUUUAUAUUGAGUUUUUUUCCCUCAGCUCUCACCUCUAGGGGGCUUCAAAUCUAUCCUCCUCUUUGCAAAUACAAGAAUGAUCCCCAUGUAAAGGGGAUACAAACAAAAACACGUCAUUGACAACCUCUCUGCCUAGAAGCUAGAUUGAGGAUGUAACGGCUGGAGUGAGCCAUUAAAAAUGAGACUUUCGCUGAUCCUUAGUAGUUAACAGGAGGGACCUGCCUCAGAGGGGGCUUAGAGUCCUGGUGAAGGACACUUAUGAGUGUUUUUUUUUUUUUUUUCGCUUAAUGGUCCACUCCUUAAUUUGAUUUCAUACAAAGCAACAACUGCGAUGCUGAAAAGAAACCCUGUUCAAGCACAUAUGACAAUGUCUAUGUUUACAGCAGGAUUAAACAUGUUCACAUACUGGACCAGAAACAACAACAGUUGUAGCCUCAAUACUUCAUUCAUCUAUUGAGACACCUAUGACCAUGACCAUAUGUGUGCGAUACAGAGGCUUAGAGAAAUGUGCUAUGAACUGAUAAAAAAAAGAUUCAUCACAGUUUAAAAAUACUUCUAUUUACUUUCAAAAUUUAAAAUAUUUGGAAUUGGGGGUCAGUGUAUUGUUCUGGUGAUUAUAGGGGCUGGUAUUUGGCAUUAGGCUAAUAAUCAGACAAUUGAUCGAAUUGACUAAUUAAAAAGUGUUCUCCUUUGGUCCGUUUUCACUCACAGCUCUGACUCACUGUAAGAGCUGUCACAAUACCAGAUUUUCACCUGACAUUAUUGACAUUAUUGCAAUAUUCAUGUAAAAACUUAAAACAUAAACCAUUAUCGUGCUUUUAUUUUGACUUUUUUUCUGUCUUGUGUUUAGGUUUCUUUAUGUCCUGCAUGGUGACACCAUACUUUUAUUCUGAAGUCUAAUUGAUCAAAAGAUGUGGAAUGAAAAUAAAAAGAACAGUUAGACAGUACAAAUUUUCAGUUAACCCGAAGAGGGACCAACUUUAAUGUUUCUUUGGGAUUCUCAAUGAAUCUUGGAUACCAAUUCAUAAAAGUGCUUAAUCAUCUCUCAGAGGGCUGGUCCAGCUCACUGGCAGUCUUCUGCUACUUGGUUGUAUCUCCUCCAGUGAAAGGUUUGCAGAAAGCAACAUAAAGGACCACUACUAUGAAGUUGCAGUAUUACCCUGGGCUUAUUUUUAGCACAUUAUUAAUAUUUAAAUUUUUUAAAAGUCAGUUACCAUCAAUAAUGGUUUAUUGCAACAGCCUUACCCACCUCACUACCAGCACUGAAGCCUGGGUGCCACUGACAUUCAUGUGCACGCAAAUGGUUCCAAAUAUCUAUUACUGGUCUCAUAAGGUGCCAACGGUCAGUACAGGUAUAAGCCCUGAAAUAAACGUUAUUGGUGCCUUAUUGAAAAAAAAAAAGGAAACUGAAAGCAUUCUGUUGUAACCAAGCCCUAAUGAUUUAUCCAAGACUCUUAAUUGAGGCCUUAGCCACCACCCGAUUUGUCUGUCCUGGGUGUAUUUGUUCAUGAUCUUCUCAAGUGACAGCUCAGAAGUCAGGUUGCAUCCAUACAUAGUAAAUAGUUCAUAAACUAUGCCUCAACGUAAUGUGAAUAACUUGGCAUCAUGACCAGCACGGUGAGGAGACAGGUGGUCCAUUACAGAAAUCUUGGAGUAAAAACUGACUCAAGUCUAAUGCACAUCCCGUUGUCAACAUUUCGUUGUCAACCGCGGAACCGUACAGGGACAUCCAGCCAUUUUAUAUCACGUCAUCAAAAUCCACAAGUAACCACGUGUUGAUGCAUUAAUCUUGACAGCCCCCAAGUAAGUAGGUAUAAUUAGGGGCGUGGUUGGUUUGACUGGUUUUGACAUGGCCAUUCGGUGGUUAUUUGGCAACAGGGCAAUGGCCUCAAACCCACCUCUUUGCUGGUCGUGGCUGGUUAGCUUGAACUUUCCUUUUCCAGUGUGUCAACCAUGAUCUUUGGCCACCACGUUACCAAUUCUUCUGAAACUGCAUCCAUAUUUUGUGCAGUCUUUGUUUUAUAUAUUUGUUUUUAUAUAUUUGUUUUAUACCUAUUGCCAUGUUUUGGAUCAAGCUCUCUGGUCAACCUGGCCUUUCCUCCCCAGAUUUACCCUGAUAAUCUGAUUGACCACCUUUGUCAUGAUUGAGCCUUGACCUUCUACAAUAAUUUUUUUGUUUCUGAUUGGAGAAGACCACCAAUACUCAUCCCCAUUUCUCUAUCGUGCGAUUAGACUGUGACCUUGCAUGCCUUCCUGUCUCAUCUGCCCAAUCGGACAGUGACCUUACUGGUCAACUGGUCUAUGUUGUGGUGUAUCUGUUCCUUGUGAGUAUCGAUCCCACUCAGAACAGCAGUCAAUGGAGUGUCUGUGGGAGGUUUAGAGUUGCACUGUGCACUACAGUUAAAAAAUGCAUUUCUAGUCAUGGGGCUGUCAGAGCAGAAUGAAUGGUGGACAUGUUUGUGAAGGCAUCUUUAUCCAUGGAUAACCAGCUUCUGUAAAUAUUUCACUCCAUUAAAUUGCAUCUCCAAACCCUUUGAUUACUGAUGCUGCUGUGUCACCAUUGCCGCCAGCUUCCUUUGCUUUUUUUCCUUUGCCCUUCUCUGCUCAAUUUUUUUCCCUUCCUCUUUAUCUGUCUCACCACCAAUUUAAUGUCAGCAUCUCUUUCAUCCAUAUCUCUCCGUCUCCCCCUUCCUCUCGCUACACAAUUGUUCUCUGUCUGUCCGUCUCCUCCAUUUCUUUUUUGCCUCAUCGUCCCUUCCUGAUGCUCUCGCUGGCAUUUGAGUCGGCCAGUUUUGUGCCAGACAGCCAUUCCUCAGAUUGAGAUAUCCUAGGUUUUAAAGUCACUAAGACAGAUUUACUAUCUUAAUGGAGAGAAAGUGGUGGGGGUUGGGGGAGCCAAGAGGAGGGCUGGUACAGGACAUUGGGUCUGGAUGGUGUUUUGAUUUGCUAAUUUCUGCAAUCGGCGGAGCUGAGAUGGAUGGAUAAAUGGACUGCAUUAUCUGAGUUCUGCCUCAGACUGAUGUGACAAUCUGCUUCUCCAAAGAGACAGGGUGAACAAGAGAGAAAAUGUGAUUGUGUCUACCAGAGGAAGGGAGUGGAAGCAUUUCUUGUUUGGGACCUUGUUCAGAGUGAUAUACGUCUCGGCCUAAUGUUGUGAUUGAUUGAUAGGUGGAAGACAGAUGGACACAUAAGGAGCACUUUCCUAGGGAGGUGCCACUCAAUACACAAAGACUGACGCUGAUGUUUAACAGAACAACAUACAUCAAAUGAUCAAUAAUUCCUCCUCUGUCCAAAGAGGCAUCUUGCUUGAGAAAUAGAUCUGUGGUCCACAAGGACAAAACAGCCCUGACCUCUCACCGUGAAAAUUGUUGUGCCUUCAAUCUAUUUCCUAACCCCAACACUGGUGCCUAAGACUUUUGGGGGUGACACACUUUGAGUUUUUGCAAAAGAUCUGUAUUAGACACAACUUACAUACAUUCUUCCCAAUCAGAGUCCCCGGAGACUUACAGACUGUGAGAAACUGGAGUUUGGGCAUUGACCUGCUUUAUUUAGACAGAAUGAGUUCAAAAAUAAAGAUGGUGUGCUAAAGGAGUCUAGUAUAUCCCAGAUAAAAAGACAAGGGAUCUACAUGUAAGGCAGUCAAAUUUAAUACAUCUAAUUUUACCUCUGUCUAAAUGGUAGCUGUGAACUGGAAGGAAACAAAACCAACAACAAUUGGCCCGUUGGGAACGAAGACAAAGUCUUGUCUUUGAUGGUCUUGUUUGCUUUUGUAGGUCAUAAAGAGGCAGUAAUUUCAGUAUUUGAUCUGUUUCACAACCAGGUAAAAACAGGAACUCUUAAGAUCUAACUAAGUGGUUUAUAACAGAAAUGAUACCACUGUCUGUCUCAUGAUGUCCUUAUUUUGGUGUCCUUUUUAGUUCAUUAAUUGGUUAAUUCAACUUGAUUUUCAGGUGCUGUUGGAGAGCUUCCACAGAGUUUCUUCCCAUCUCAGAUGACUUCCACUCCACGCUGAUGUGUUGGACAGACUGCAGAUCCAAAUGUGUUCAACCAUUUCCUGUUGGACCUAGAUGACCGAGAGCUCAACUUAACUUGCAGUGAUAAGAAACCCCUAUCUGCAGGCUGCUUUUUGUGUUUUUUCAUGGAAACAUUAGGAAAAUAGCAAGCUAAAGGUUAUGCAGGCAUAACUCUUUAUUUUGCUGCCAAAUCAUUUUGUAAGGACAAUUUCACAUGUAGAGAGUCUCCGCUCUGGCUUGCAAAUUCAGCAUGGACCACAAACCCAGCAGCUGAGUUAACUAAAGGUAAAUACACAAACCAUCGCUUUCUGAAAUUCACCAAAUUAAUGAAAUGCACAAAUUUAGAAUUUCUUCCUAAUGGCAAGGAGUGAAUCUAAAAAUCUGAGGUAAUGGUUUAUCCAUUACCAAUUUAGAUAUCACUCCCACAUUGUUUUGUUCCUUUGGUGUGUUAAUGUUGAAUUAAGGUUAUUACACACCAACGAAUUAGUGAAGUGACGCGAAAAUGUUUAAUAAUUGGCCCACGCCUUUUAUGCGAAAUCAAAUUCACAUAUUCGCAUGAAAAUACAGUCAGUGGCGCAAAUACGCCAUGGGAGAACAGAGAGGGAGAGAGAAGAAGGAGAAACAAUGGCGACAACAUCCUCAAGUGAUGAUGAUGACCUGGUCAUGGUUUUAAGCCUAUUGAAAAGUGUAAAGUGUCUGGGUACAUCCAAUACUGACCUUCAACAGGAGAUGGGGGGGGGGGGGGGAUUCCGACAAUACUUCAGAAUUAACCCUUAAACAAUUUCAGGAACUGCUCCAUCAGCUGACUCCACAUUUGCAGAAGGAGAGGACAAAUUAGAGAGCCAAUAGAUCCAGAGCAACGGUUUGCAUUUUGAUUGGCCAGAGUUCUAGCAGUUCACCUGCGAAUGUUUGCAAAAUAUAUAGAGGCAAAAAAAUUACAGUCAGUUUUUCACUCUGCGGAAAUUCGUAGCCAGUGUGGAAGCUUGCAUUGACUUUAAGGUUUUAAAGAAAAAGCAAAUUAUUCGCUUUGCAAAUUCUCCUGAUGUGUAAUGACCUUUAAUUUCUUAUUGAUGGCACAAUGAAGAGUUUCCAUGUUGUGUUGAUUCUGGUGAAGGUUUGGACAGAAUUAGGAGGGUUUUAUGGGAUGUGUUUUUGAGAUGUGAAUUCUGUCAAUGCCUGUCGUAGUUGUGGAAGGAAAUUAAUGGGAAACACGUCUUCUUUUUGAGUACAUCUUAUUUUAAAUUUAGGUCUACUCUUUUGAGGAACGUAGAAGUAUCAGGAAAUACUGAUUAGUGGCUACAUGAAAUUAUAAAUGAAACAACAACACUCACAAAACUGAUUUAUAACAGUUAGCUUACAAAGGAACCCAUAUUCCAUUUUCAUGUUGCUUGUCACAGCCUAAAUGUGCUUCAGUGCCCAGGAAAUUGGAACAAAAUUAGUGUGUGCAUGUAUGAACUCUUGUCCUCAACAAGUAGUGAAACAUUCACAUUGUUUUACCUGGUAAAGCCCUGGUUGAAAAGUUGAAAUGUAAAGUUACUCCACCUAAAAUAACACUUAAACUGAAAAUGGAUGUCUUUUUGCUAAGCCUGCUCCAAUAUCAGCCAUGGCUACAAAACAAAAUGUAAAACUAGAAUUAGUUCAAAUAAAAAGAUAAAAAAAAACUCCUGUUUGCAAACUUACUUUCAUUACUAAACACGAUGAAAGCAGCAAAGACCUAAACGUUGCCCUAUUCAGAGCGAGACAGGACUGCUCGGUACAGUUAGGCUAAAAUGAAUGUGUGCAAAAACACCUUACUGUUCUUACUCUUUAAACUGCACAGUGGGGAAUAAAUACAUCAUGCUGACUAGUUUUUAAUUCAAAGUACAAGUAACGCCGUAUCCAAGUGCAGCUUGCUCAGAAAGAUGCUCAAUACUAAAGCACACAACGUCCCUCUGUGGUGUUUUGACGUGACUAAUUAGAUAUUAUCGACCAGUCUGGCAUGCCAAAAUGAACAUUUUCACCUGUGGCAAUGUUUCUGAGUGGACAGAGAAGUAUCCAGUAACAUCCUUGGCGUGGACAAGAGAGCAAAAGCAUAUUUUAAAAAUCCAUAGUUCUUAAGUGGAAGAGUAAGACUAUUUUAAAAUCAGUUCAGAACUCCUCAAAGUGAAAACAGUGUUUCCCUCAAAUGCACUGAAUAAAAAUAUCAGGAUGAAUGACCGUGGCCUCAAGAGACCAUGGACAGUGGGACCGUCUUCUGAACUUUAUGCACACAGUAUUGGGUGAAGCAUCUGGCAUCAUUCAGACAGAGAGGACACAGCGUGAACCAGGUAACACAUAGAGAAAAUUAGCUGUAAGCUGUUGAUUAUAAAUCGUCUAAAAUCAUCUGUCUCACAGAGGUGGAAGUAGAUAUGUAAUUGAUGUUGUGGUAGUUCAAGACUCACAUUCUUGCAGCAUGUUUACCUUACUUUUGAUAUAACAUCAAUUGGAUGUAAUGCAGUCUGAACUGGCAGCAUAUGUGAAUUACGACCCAAAGUCAGCACAAUAGUGCAACUCCACUCAUCUUUCAUCUCCAUUUCAGUCAGUUCAUUUCAAUGAAAAUAUUACAUUUUGUUCCUUAACUGAUUGGUGUAAUCCUUUUAGCUUCCCAUGGACCAUAUGGGGACCAAAUUUUCCUGAAAGCCUAUUCAAAGUCUUUUUUUUUUAUUUGAAUUAGCAGAGGAAAGUCUAACACUAUAGCUGUUAGCUUGAUAAGUGGUAAAUGGUCAACCUUUGUUUUAUCAGCUCACUACAGAUCUGCCAGACUUCAGCAUUUCUGUGGACUCUUGAAAUCAGAUCUUUUUUUUUUCCUUAAUAUGGCGCCAGGUUCUUAGUAUCACUCUUGGACUGUAAAUGGGUGCCAGGUUCUUAGUAUCACUCUUCAGAGUGUAAAUGGGUAUUAUGCAGCACCAGAGCCAAUGAUCUAUCAGGGACACACUGAUGGUUUUGGCAUCAGUGUUCUCACUUAAUGGUCAAGGUGACCAACCUGCCAGAAAGUUGAUUUGUACACUUUUAUGCCUCAGCACUCACUUUACUGGCUUCUCUCCUCUUCUCUCUUCCAGGGAAAGUGAGCGGGGUGGGUGUCCUUCAGGCAUAUAUGGGGGCAUCAGUCUGGACCCUGUGAUCCAGACCAAGACACCCUGAAGAGCCCCUCAUUUUCCUCCUUUAUCACCUGUGCCCUUUCAGCUUUCCUGGCUUCCUCCUCCUCAGCUCACGCCUUGUAAAAGGUGGACAGGCCAACACUCUACCUACCUGAGCGCCGUCCAGUAGGUGAGGGCGGUGAGGGCUGGGCUGUCAUUGGCUGACUUCUGGUGAAAGUGCGAUGCGGAUUGGAGGAUGUCGGGAGACUGGGAUGAAGACCUGUGUAAGAAGGCGCUGGUGUUGGUGGAGGAACUGUGCUUCAACUCCCCAAGAGGCUACAGCCAGAGUGAACGCUGCCAGGAGUUCAGCUACCUGCUGAGAGGUCGCAACAGACAGCUGGAUACAGGUAACCCGGACACCUGGAGGCAUUGUUUUCAUGAAGCCUGAGUCACACAGCGAGAUUUUAACAGAUGUUGAAAAUGUGACCCCAUACAUGACAGAAGAUAACAACAGAUCUGACAGUUGUCCUCUGGCUAGUAUUACUAUACUGUGACUGGCUGCUGCUUGCUGCCCAUAGGUCUUUAAAAUAGAAGGUUGCUUUUUGCGUUCAUUUCAUACUCAUUGACUCUUUUUUCUCAAACCACACUGUUUAAACCAAACUUGACACAACUGUUUUGCAACACUGAAUUUAUACCUCAAUGUUUUUUUCCCAGCAACACCAUGUGGGCUUGAUAAAAUAUUGGGUUUAAAUUCUGAGCUGUCAGCUAUCUUAUGACAUUGACUUCGCUACUGGGUGUGAUGUUUAACUUUUCAAAGCCUUUUUUGUAGCAAGCAGUUAGUAAUGAAGAACUCUUAUUCAAACUGAACCCCAAACUCAAGGAACAUAGACUUAACAUAGCCCACCAACAAUGUCCAUUGAUGGCCACCUAACCUGAACAGCUAAGCAAACUCUGCUCUGUUCGGAGGAGUCUACACUGACACCAACUAUCAUACCACCUGUCUACAAACAUGCAGUGAAAGCCAACAAAUUAAAGGGUUCAUUUAGUCUAGUACUGAAAUAAUUCUAACACACUUCCUAUUUAUAUUGUUUCUGUGUAUUGGUUCCAAAUAUUGCUGAUAAAUCUCAUGAACUUCUUAAAUUUGAUAUCAGUAUCGUCCCUAUAAAAAAAAUAAAAAUGGGCAACCUCUACUCUUUGAAAAUAACAAAUUUCCCCUUGGGGAUAAAUAAAGUUCUUAUCUCAUUUUAUCUCAUCUCAACUUAUCUUAUCUCUUCCCUUGAGUUCUGCCUCCAGCAUGGUUCAAAGUCAACAGUAGGAUUGGUUUAAGCAGUACUGUAGUCCAGACACUGUAGUAUUGACCUGCUUUUACCAUGUGAUUGUGGUUUGUCCAAGUUGGUAGCUCCCUCCUUUACAUAGACUGCUGUUAGCUGGAUCCAAAAAUAACUUGUUCGUAGUUAAAAAAAACAAAGACAACAAAAACAAGACAGUCUGCACAAACAUUUCCCUCUUGCCACUACUGCAGACCUCAGCUUGCUAUAAAUUAAAUGAUUACCACCUUUACAAACUACUACAAUUGGCUUAGGUUUGAAUUUUUUAUAAAUCCAAUCUGCAGAGGAUACAUUAGCUUUUUUUUAUCUUACAGCGAAUGAGUCUUUGCUGCUGAAGAGGUUUUAGGAGUUGAUUUCAGGAAUUCAUCACUCAGUCAGAAGGUCCUGCUGUAGGAAAAUUCCAGUUUGGCCUCCUUAUUUGGGGACGGGUACAGUAACAGGACAUAUGUGACAAAGCAAACAGUUAUAGGAGUGCUCAUGUUUAAACAUGGUUGGAGAUACUGUGCACACGGGACAACAAACCAUGAAAUAUUCAUCUGCAAGACCGAAAUGAUCAGACCAUACCAGCACCGGUCCAUUCAGUGUCUUUUGUCAGCCCCGAAAGAGUCUCAGUGGAAUUCUUGGAUUGUUAUCUCAGAACUGGAUUAUAAAAAUGUAUUCAUAUACUUUAUACCCAGUUGAGUAAAUGUAUCCUGCUGCCUAGUAUGCAGAGUAUUGUAUGUGUAUUCUCAUUGAAGCAUUUGGAAGUGAAAUGUGCUGUUAUGCAGAUUAGCAUGGAUAUCUGUGGCUCAGUGUAGAUUAGCCAGGAUUGGCUGUACGUUGCCUCUGGAGCUUUGGAUGGCUCUGUGCAGAAAUGUCACGCCAUGGUUUAAGGCGUUGGCCCCCUCGCUUACAAGCUGUGAAUUUCGGUGUGUGCUGACGGAAGUCUGUGAGCCCUCCUAGGACCGCUGCCGCCGAAAGCUGUCAGAGGAAUGGCUUGUGUAAGCAGCCGAGAUGUGUUUGAUGUGGAGCAAUGUAGGACUCCCAGUGGGCUCGCAUCAGUCGCUGAUUGACAACGAGUCUCAGUCCCUCUUCACGGUGCACUUCAGAGGCCUCCUACCCACCUGCCUACCCGCCCGCUGACUCACUUUUUUUAUGCUUGGAGGAUUAGCCAUAGAUCUUUGGCAGGAUCAGUGCUCAGGAAGGUGCAGCGACUGCCCUAAAGAGAGACAAAUGGAGGCGAGUGGUUUGGCCCCCGACCGUCCCCCGCCAACAUUUGAUCACAGCCGUGUCUUAUCAGUGCACCCUGAUCUACCAACCACACACAACUGACUCCUCUGCCUCUACGCUUUGUUUUCCCCCCUCUGAAUCAAUACAUUAACCUUUCCCAUCCGAAACCCCUCCCCUCUUUAGGUUUGCCUGUAAAUCAUUGUCAUCUUGUUUACCUCCAUCUUUCUCUUCCUUUUCUUUCUCUACAAAUGCCUCUUUGGUGUCUACUUCUUUACUCUUGCUGUGGUGGUUGAAUCGACUUCAUCAACCAUUCUCUCGUCUACCUCGUCCUCAGAGGAAAUAAAACCCAGUCAGCUUGUAUGUCUGUUUCAACAUGUGCACCAAUCUGUUUCCAUCCCUCACCUUGUCUAUAUGCUGCUCAUUCUGUGCUAUGGAUCAUUUUCCCUCUGACUCCUUUCCCCUUCAUCACUUCUGUCCCUUCUUUCUUGAUGUCUCAUCUUACCUUCCUUUGCCCCCCUUUCCUUUUCUCCCACUCCACCACUUCACCCUCCUCCCGUCUCCUUCUCUCCACCGUCAGAUUCUCUUCCCUGUCUCCCUAUUUUCUCUCCGUUUCCAUCCCAUUAUUCCUUGCUUCCCACCUCGUCUUGCUCUCCACAGCGACAGAUCGUGUCCCCCUUGCCCAUCCCCCAACCCUCCGCGGCCCCCAAUCAUAUCUUUUGAACAAGUGCUGAUUAAUGACAUACACAGACUGGUGAAUAAUUCACCAAAGAGAGAGGGAGGAGGAAGAGACAGAGGAGGAAAGAAGAAGGAGAUGGUGGGGUGACGAGCAGACAAGGAGACAGUUGCUGAGGAGAAGGGUAGAGUGAAGGAGGCAGAGAGCAUGGGAAAAGAAAUGACAGCAAGGAAUGAAGGGUGUUUAAGGGGAUUAUAUAGAGGGAGAGUGAAAGCCAGAGAAAGGGAGGGCGGGUGGGUUGAGAUGGGGAGAGAAGGCGGGGAGUUGAGCUCUGGAAGAUGUACCCCUGGGCUAGAGGAUUGGCUUUUGUGUUUUCACUCAUUUGCUCUCAGUCUUCUUGUUGUCAGCCUCUUACAGAUAAAAUUUAUAUCUUUUUGGUGUAACAGUGUGUAUGUCUUUCUUGUGCCCAGAAAGAUGUUCUGAACUGUACUAAAUUAAGGAAAAUGUGGGUUACACAAAAGGAGGUCUUUGUGUCACUCUGGUGGGGGAGUUCAGGAAACAGUUUCCUUUCACAAUAAGACAGUUUUUCCUUCAAUGAAAGAAAUGACUGGCUCCCCUGAAAACAGAUUUGACUGUUAGUUGCUGGCUUUCUGCUCUGAAAAAAUCCCAUAAUGCUUUAGGUGAGAAAGCUUGCACAGUCAACAGAACCUGCACACUCUUUUAGGUCCGCUUUUGACCGGUGAAUAUUCAUGUUCUCAGCUUUCAUAGGUCCUUUGUCAAGACAGCUGUCAGACUCAGAUUUGCUAUUUAUAAAGAGACAUCAAAUGGCUCAGGAUAAUUAUAAAUAUUCAUUGUAUAUUUAGACUUUUUAUUUUUAAGUAUCCAUGGAAUAUUUAUAGCGUAGUAACUAAUUUAUGAAUUCAUCACAGAGUUAUGUAUUAUGAGAUUUGACACGUGCAGAUCUGAGGAGCGCUACAAAAGUUCUCUCUUGGCAGAGGCUGGAGCUGUCCAACAGUAGGGUGCUGAAAUCAUGCUUUUUCCUUUAUUUUGUACUCUUUAUCAUCUGGGUGAGUCAUCCUCUGUCCUCCCAAAACCACCAUCUACAUCCCCUCAAGUACACACACACACACACACACACACACACACACACACACACACACCUCCAACAAAAUCCUUGAGCUCGCCCAGAUUAAAAAUCUAAUAACCAUGAAGAAAUGCUGGAUGACAUUGGACAGAGACAUCACUGUUGCUACUGGUGGAUAUAACUCUCGGAUCACCUUUUCCCUCUCCAUGUCUUCUCUUCCUCCUGCUCUGUAGAGAUCUCUGUCAGUCUGCUGUCGGUCAUCGUGACAUUCUGUGGCAUUGUCCUCCUCUCCGUCUCCCUCUUCGUUUCCUGGAAGCUCUGCUGGCUGCCAUGGCGGGACAAGGAGGGUGGAGGUCUGAGCCUGACGUCGGGUUUGCUGCCAGGAAGCGCCGGUGUCGGAGGCCUCGGAGGCACCGGAGGGUCAUCGCUCCUGCCUCCACUACUGCAGAGGAAGGAUGGGCACUCCUCAUCCUCACUCUACCCUUCACUGGGCCAACAGGGCCACCCACAUUUCUCUGACUUGGUGGGGCUCGAGAGUGGGGGGGUUGGAGGUGUGGUUGGAGGGCCUGAGACCCAGGAGCACUCGUACCUGGACAUGGACUCAUACCCCAACAAUGCUGGUAAGAAAGAAACUAAACAUCCAUUUUGAACCUUGGUUGAAGGCCUUUUACUCUUGUGCAUUAAAAGAGUUCUGAACAUUUAGCACAUUUAGGGCCUGAUCUACUAAGAUCCCAAAUAGCGAACGCAAAAUGCGCGUGCAAACUAAAAAAAUUACGUGCGAUCAGUGGGCGUGUUGCAGGUGUUUUACUAUCAUUGUGUGCACAAUUGAAAACAGGUGCGGACCGCCCUCUUUAAACGAGGAUUUUGCGUGCGCUAUCGGUUGUUACCAUUGAGAGUUUGUGAGAGUAGUGUGGUCUUCGCCAAAAAAUGAAGUUUGAAGCCAUGGAGUUGCACAUAUCGUUUUGGGGAACUGCCUAAAAGGCAAGGCAAGUUUAUCCGUAUAACACCACUCAUACACAAGGCAACUCAAAGUGCUUUACAGAUGCAAGAAAAUAUAUUAGAAAUCAAAAACGGGAUUAAAACAAUUUAAAAUCAAUAAGACAAACAUAUUUCUUUCUUCUGUUCUGCGUUUGACCUUGUUAUUUAUGAAAAUCGUCAUUUUCCAGAAAAACGAAAUUAAUCACAAGCUUUUGGACCAGGAUCAUGGCGUCUAGCAUGGCACUUCUGCAUCCUUCUCCCCACAAUGACCGUGCAUAACGCUGUGCCAGUUUGCACGUGCCUUUCAAACGUGCUAAAUAUAGACGCAAAACAGCGACAGCAAUCGGUUCCCAGAUUUGGCUGCUCAGCUCACACCCAUCCUCUUGCACAGCUUCAAAGGCGUCAAAAAUUAGGAUUGGAAAAUGAUUAGUCUUGUUACUGAUGGUCUCGUUUGCUUUUUUGCUACACUCAAAAAAUAUUACUUUUUUUGUGGGCUCCUAAUCUGUAAUUUGGGUCUAAAGCACCUGUAGGUAACUUUUGAUUUGACAAAGCAAUCUUUGCUUAUCUUGUCCCCUAGAUGAGCUUUUGCAUUGGCUGCUCAGCUCACACCCAUCCUCUUGCACAGCUUCAAAGGCGUCAAAAAUUAGGAUUGGAAAAUGAUUAGUCUUGUUACUGAUGGUCUUGUUUGCUUUUGUAUGUAAUAAAAAAAAGGUAUCAAUAAACAGCCCAACAAGUAAAAAUACCAGAAACAGUAUGAGAGUAUACAGUAUGUAGGGCAGAAUUGGUUUCAGGUGUAGAAAAUUAAUCAGAGUAAUUAAAUGUAUAUAUGUAUAUGUGUAUAUAUAUAUAUAUAUAUAUAUAUAUAUAUAUAUAUAUAUAUAUAUAUAUAUAUAUAUCACUGUUGAGAGACAGUCCACUUUGUGAUGCCUUCUCAUCACAAUCAAAAGAAAACAAGAUCAGUGACUACAUUGAUGAUUUUUAUAUCAGACUAAAACUCUGGAUCUGACUGGAAUUUAAUCAGAGAAAGAAGGGCAGUGUAGUCAAUUUGUUUCCCAAUAAAACAGUCAUGUUUACACUCAGUUUGAUUGUUUCUUGUGGAGGAUGUUAUUUGCAUGCCUAUACUGUUGUCUCUAUUAACUCGACAUCAUGCGAAAACACUUCAAAGCAACAUAGCAGAGUAAAUGUAGUUGUAGCAUGAAACAAGUGUCUUUUUAGACAGUUUUAUUUUCAUAACAAACAAGUUAAUGACAAGAAGUAGUAAUCCUUGCAAUAAAUGCUCUUCAUCUGUUUCCUUCAUGUCUCAUGCAUGUGAACAUCAGGACUGGAGAAGGAUGUAAACAGAAGGCGAAGAAUUUUGAAUAGGAGUGAUUUUAAUCCAAAUGACAAAAAGGGUGGUUAUUGGUGCCCUUAAAUGAACUGUGAUGAGUUUUCAGUAGGUAAUGAAACAAACUAAAAUGAAUCCUGACAUGUCUACAUGACAAAAGCAAUUAACACAACCAUAGAAUUGAGUUUUUCCCUGGUAGUUAAUCUACUGCCCGUCACCACUGCUGGUGUUUGAUAAUGGAUUUAACAGCACACAGAAAAGAAGGGCUUUUGUUUACAUUUGUCACUGAAAAGAUUCACAGGAAGAAGAUUUUCUCUGUCUGAACAGCAGAGUCUGUGAACCAUGAUGUUACUGUGUUAUCUCUGAGUUAGGCUGAUACCUGUCUUUUGUUGCUUCAUUAUAUUAAUGUUUGACUGCCGUUACUGUUUCUUUGCCAUCUUUAUAAUUAGUGUCAGGAGUAGUUGAGAAUUUAUACUGUGUUUUUUGUGUAGGUUAAUGAUACUUAGCAUUUAGUUUAGGAAAAAAAUGCCCCACACUGGUAUAAAUGACAUCUAGAAUUCAACAAAUAAGGUUGACUGGUAGUAAUUAAUCAAACGUACCCUUCUAAGUGUGUUUUUGAGGUGGUUAUCAGCCAUCACUGUAUUACCAGUAUACAUAACUGAAUACCAAUAUGCAACAAACAAUCACCUAUCAAAAACUCCUCAGCUCUUUGCACCGCGGAACACUUUUUUUUUUAGUUUGGCUAACAUGAGCAUUCGCUGGUAAAUUGGGUCUGAAAUGCCAAUCAGACUACUCACGUACUGGGCUGUGCCAUGUUUCUGCUAGCUCUAGUAGAUGUGAACAUUAGCUCACACCAUCACUGUUUGAAUUGCGGAAGUGCAUCACCUUGAGCUCACUCAAAACAGUCACCAUGCACAUUGCAACUGCAAAUUUUUAUAUUGUUGACAGUCAUUUCUCCCAUUCACAACACACCUGCCUAAAGGUGUGCAGCAGAAAGAGAAUGAGCUGAAGGGCAGGUGAUCUCCACCUGCCUGCCCUGUCACUGGGAGCGUUUGCUGUGUGACAUGUAAGGUCAUUUUGAAUAUGUGUGGGAUUUCCCUGCAUGAUAAGUGUCAUAUUUUUAGAAAAUGAAUAUUUUGUGUGUAAUAGCUGAAAUCCUGUACCAAAAUUCAAACUCUGUUGUCAGCUUGCAGUUACUCAAACAUUAUCUUAAAGUGGACAACAAAUUUACUCAUGACAGAGGUUAGGCCACCCCUGGCCAACCCUCUGGUCACACCCCUGCAACAAUUAUAACAAAAAACAAAAAGCAGAUUUCCUUAAAAGGAUACAAAAAUCUUAAAAAUAAGAGCUUUAAGACCUGAUUUGAUCCGGUUAUUUCAAAUAACAGCUAUAGGUUUAUGCUCUGAGUCUAAACAUGUUUUUUAUGCUCUAUGUUGACACUGGUGCCAACUGUUUUCAUUAUUUAACAUCAAAUGUUUGCUUGGUGCCUCUGCUGCAGUCGAAUGAGUCUACUUUCAUAUCUCUGUGGUUCUUUCCUUUCAUGCUGGUUCAUGCUCUGCUAUUGUAAAUAUAUCGUCUCACUCUGCCCUUCUCUUUGCUGUUUUAAAUGGUAAAAUCAAUGCAAUACAAUCAAUUGGAUCAAUGUUGCUAACCCUGCAUCACAGAGAAGAAUAACAAAGCUUUUAGCCACUGCAACAUUUAAGGCUAAGAAAAGCACAUACAAAGGAGAAAUGGGAGUCAUCAAGGUUUUUUUCUGGCUUUGUUAGGUACUCUGAAGCUCAGUACGACAUCUCCAGAUGUCCCCAACUCAGAGGGGGGAGCCCAUCCUCAGAAAGAUCUGCCCAAUGCUCAUUCUCAGCAGCAGGUCACUGCAAGGUUAGUACCGUCUGUUGAAAUACUCUGCAUAAGUGUGGGUUCAGAGGAUGAAUAUGUGCUUUUUUACAUACAUUCAUUCUAUUUUGGUCAAGGUGAAAGUGUUGGAAUAAACUUAAACCUCAGUGAUCAAAAAAGAAAAAUUAUGAGUAAAGAAAAGUUAAUACGGAUUUAUGGUAGACCAUAGCUGUCACAGUUUCAAGAUUUUUCUAAGUCUUUUUUUUUUAACUGUGUCUAAUUUUAACUCAUUAUUUCAAAGUGUGUUACAGAUUAGCUUGCCAACAACACAAAUCUACAAGCUUAUCUCUUUUCAUUGUUUGAGCAGAUUAAUCUAGUUCUUCUCCUUCAGACACAUUUCUGUUCCAUAUAAUUCCAGUUACCAGUAGUAAACAUUCAUUGAAAACUGGGCAGGAUUAGGUAUCUUUAAGGCAUUUUUGUCAACAGACAUAAUGGUUACUGCUGAUGUGGACCAAAUUGAAUCUAUAGACUGCUUAAUUAUUAACGAAACAGCUAUCCUGGGUGAAGCCUUAUUAUAUAGAGCUCCCCAUAGGUCUGGCUACAGUAAAGGUUUUUAAAGUCCGCCCCCUUCAUUAUAACCAUAAACUGCACAUUAAAAUGGAAGCCAUAAGUCCUCAUUGAAUAUGAAGCCAAAAGAUUUAGAGUGCCUCCUACUGACUGCUGCUGAAUGGACUACAAACCCCACCCCUUUACACAGUUAAAACGUGCCAAACCAUGUUUUCCCAAACCCUGUUUCUGUCAUUAAAGUUGGCUCUUAUCAUGAUGAACAUUGUCCCAGGGUUUGUUUUCUUAGGUUUUAAAAAGAUGAUUGAUUGACAACUCCUGCAGCAUUACCAACCAUACUAUCAAAGUUGAAGAAGUGCGGCAAGUAUUUAAAGUUUGCAUAGCCAAGACAUCUGCCACCAAAACAAGACGCUGUUGCUGUUGGCUGUACCAUCCUGGGGGAUCCUUGACCUUUUAUUGUUAAGUUAAAUGUGUGUUUAGGUUCGAGGUAGGGAUGUGAUGGCAGCCUCAGUCCUGACAAGCUUUAUGCUUUACUGCAGGGUUGUUGAACUUAACCACAGCAAGGGCUAUAAUCUGGAUUUAGGUCUAACCUGAGGGCCCAACAGGGUCAACAUUUAUCCCAAACUGUCAGCCUCCUUUUAAAAAUAUAUGACAAAAACAGCAAUGAUUAUAAACCAUUUGGAAAUUCAAAAAGAAAAAAAAAAAGAUAAUGUUAAAGGCAAUCUGUGAUUUAAAAAAAAAAAAUCCAAUUUAUUAGUUCAAAAGAUUUGAACACAAUAGUAAAAAUAGAAAAAUAAUGUUUUUAAAGAGCAAAUAUAUGAGGAGAAAGUUGAAAUCAUAAGUUUGAAUGGUCAAAAUAUGAGAUAAUUUUGAAAUCAAGACUUUAAAGUCAAAAUAUGAUAUAAAAUUUAAAAUUGGCAUCAAAAGGAUGAAAACGACUACUCUAAAUACUGAGAUGAAAACAAUUAUAGCAUAAAAUAAAAAGUCAGAUCAUGUCUGACUUGUAAUCUUGAGACGCAAAAUUAGAAAUAUAAAUAAAACACCAAAUAUUUUUUCCCAACAUUCUUGACUUUUUUGAAAAUCUUCCUUACUUUUUACUUUUCCAAAAUUUAAUGGCUUAUUAAGGAUAUUUUAAAUAAUGGUGCAAAAGUUUUUAUUAUUAUACUGGAGGAAAUCUGCAGACCUCAUACUGGUGGGCCAAUAAUAAUACAAAUAUGAUAUGAUCUUAUGGGCCAGAUAUAAUUGUUCCAUGGGCCAGAUUUGGCCCCCGGGCCUUGAGUUUGACACUUGUGCUUUAGUGCAUGCUUUAGCUCCAUGAGUACAAUAUGUGACUGAGGUAAUAACACGAACAAGCACUAAUGCAAAUAAAAUGAGUGCAAUUUAAAUUUAGAUGGUUUACCUUGCAGUGUAUCUCUGAUGAAGCUGCUGAAUCACACUGUUACAUUGCAACUUCUUUUGCUGUGCUAGGUGCUUACAUGCUGCACUUCUUACUCGAUAUUCACCCUCCAAGCUCUUAUGUGUCUGUUCAGGCCCAAGCCCAUGACUCACCAGCUCUCCAGUCCAGAUUUCCACGAGGAGAAGGAGCAGGUUACCAGCAUUGGGCAGAUCAAACCAGAGCUCUACAGACCCAAGGGCGACCAGGGUGAAGGCAAACAGGGCGACAACUGCGGCAAGAUCAGCUUCCUCCUGCGCUAUGCCUUCAAGUAAGUCCUACAUGCACAGUCAAUGUUUGGUGCCUGUAAGUAAUAAAGAAAUGUUUUAAAAAUCCCAUUUUGGGGUUCAUGACACUUUUACAGUGCAGAUGCAAGUUUUGUUGAAUCUCUUUUGUGCCACAGAUGCUUUUAAAAAAUCGUCCUUCUCUUUUAAUAUUAUGCGCUGAAAAAAAAAACCCCAAAAAAACCUACAUUUGGUAAAAGAAACAAAAACAUUAGCAAGCAUGCCACGGGGAGAACCUUCAGGAGAGACUGUCAUCUGGACCGUGGUUCUGCUUGUUUAAGAUGAUUGGACAGAGAUCAAAUGUCUAAAAAUGAAUAAGAACCAUUAAAAUAAACCACAGCCAGUGUUUUUUUAUGUUCUGUGUGGAAAGGAUUUGUUCUUACUUUCAUUUUGUUCCUUUGACGAGUCUCUGUUGAAUAUUCUCUACCGAUGUACGCAAUUGUGGGACACCAUGCUGUGAGGAUUCAGUGUUGGGGGUGUGUGUGUGUUUCAUUCCAAGUGUGUGUACUGUAACUAAGGCUUGUUGUGGGUUGUGGGGAGCAGUGUGUGUGCUGCUCUGUUUCUGAAUGUGUGUCUGUGGGCUCAGCUGGCCGUCCCCCAUUUCUUCAUGGCUUUACAUGCAGAAACAUUACAACAGGCGAAAGUGCUGAUGAUCAGAAAAGAAAAGGAGCGAGGGGCCGUUUCAGACAUGAAUUAUAAAUGGCGAGUCACUUAAACAGCAUCCCUGUCAACACAUAAUAACGCCAAGAGUGUGUUAAAGCUGCAGUUUCAGAUUCAGAGAAUUAGCAAGGGAGCCAGACAGAGAGUGAGGUUAAUGAUUAACACUGUGCAUAGGUCCCUUUUUAAAAAAUGUAUAAGGUUACAAUGUAAUCAAGGCUUUGUCUAGGUGCUGUAGUGGCCUGCCAUUUCACUGAAGGGAAAUUUUUUUAGUGAGGCAACUUUAUUUAUGUGCACCUUUCAACAACAAGCUAUUCAAAGUGCUUUACAUAAGACAGGAAGCAUUAAUUAGUUAAAAUAGUUCAGAGUGGGAGUGAUAAAGGAUUAAAGAGGAAAGGUUGAGCUGUAGCUGCACAGAGUGUGCAAGCAUGUGUGUGUUUGUAUGUUAGCACAAAGGUAGAGGUGUGCUGGCUCUGACUGUGAUAAGAUUGGUAUGUUAAUGCAUGAACCCCCACUGCUGGGAGUGUAACAGUCAGAACAACAAUGUCAAUCUUCCUCCGAUCCUCUGGGAAAGCUAUUUCUAUUGACAAUCCCAUUAAAAGCUGACACAUUUCCUCAGUGGGAAUAACAGCUAGCUUUCGGGCAUUGUCUGCCAGGAAUAAGGCCGUGAAUUUCACUCCCUGCUCGAGCUGUAAUAGGUAUAUUCUCUGCAGCACGCCUCACAGAUUGUGUGAAAACCUUGGUUAGGGUUUGAGCUCACGUCUUGUUUUGUAACAAGACACGUGACAUGAAGCAAAACCCAGGGACUGAGGCAGAAAGAACCAAAGCCAGGAAAUGCAGAAUAAUACGGGAUUUUUUUCAAUCCUCACACCUCUUUACUGCUGUCUCCACCAACAUGUCUUAAAUUCAAACUGGAUUUACAGUCCUUAGGUGCAUAUUUGAAUUGGUCAGGGUUUUCUUGUGCAAAUAUUUAUCUGGCCUAGCUGGAAAUGUAAUUUCCUCCAGUGAUUUGCCCUGUAUAUCAUCUCCCUGAUUCAGUGUGAUUGCAGAGUUGGCAUGUUUAUCUAAUUGACUUAAUUGGAUGUGAUUCAGAGGUAAACAUGUGUUGAGAUUGGCUGCAGUUGUAUUGUCAACAAGCGUAUCUUGUUUGUAAUUGGUACACAUGGACGGUAUAUCUGUCCAUGACUGUCAGGGUCACUGUUGGCAUUUGCCCUGUGUCCUUCCUCUGCCCCAAAGUUCAUGCUGCUCUCAUACAGCAGCUAAUGAAGUGCUGACACGCUGGUUAACAGGCAGAGACACAGUCUAAUGAGGUCUGAUUAAAGGCCUCCGAGCUGUCUUCUUCUUCAUCUGCUAAUUAAAUACAUGAUAAAUGGCGCCUGAGUUGCAGCCAUGACUUAAGAUGGCGUAUUUUAAUGUAAAUAUGUGUGUGUGUGUGUGUGUGUGUGUGUGUGUGUGUGUGUGUGUGUGUGUGUGUGUGUGUGUGUGUGUGUGUGUGUGUGUGUGUGUUUUAAGUAUGUGCAUGGAAGUGUGUUUUAUACUAUUUGCUGCCUGGAAAUUUAAAUGUAGAAAAAAGAAAAUUCAUUAAAUAUUAUUCUUUUACUCAGAACUUAAAAAUAGUAAGAUCUCUAUAGAAGUUGCUCACAAUUGUCAACUUUACACAUAUAUACAGUGCUAACCUGAAAACAGAGAUCUCUCUUUUUGGGCUCCUCACAAACAAUUGUGAACAUCCUUACCAUCAUUUGAGACCUAACAAGAUUCCCCGUCAAAUCUCCUUUUUUUCCACUUUUUUUUUUAAACUAUUUUCAAAAGACUUGUUGAUAUAUCAGGGUAAAUCAGUAUUCAGUGUUUUAUUUAAAUGCAUGUAUAGGAGCUAAACAUGUGUUCACAAUUAGUUGUUAAGCUUUUGUGAGGAAUUUUUUGGAUUGUGUCAAUUUUGCCGCCUCCUGAGGGCAAAGCAGUAACUCCAACCUCAUGGACGAUCUUGUGCUGUUUAUUUGCUGUAAGUUUAUUCCAAAUGAAAAACCUUAUCUUGAAACCCUCAUCUCCCGAAAAAGUAAAAGAUAUCACUCAGUGUGGAAAAUGUAAACAGGGGCUGUUCCUGCAGCACGCUGUGACUCAUUUCGUCUGAUGCCUACCUUUUGGCAGUUUUUACAAGCAUCAAAAAUAACUACAGGUAAUUCAUUUUGUCGCUGCUGGUUUUGUUCGCAUUUGUGGGUCAGGGAGAGGGAUCAGUGAUGAUUUCAGUCUGUUUAUAUCCAGCUCAAAACUCAUCAAGAUUUAAGAAGGUAACGUGUCUCAAUUUGGUGAAUGCUGCCAGGCUAAAGAUGUCCCCAAGGAGGGCCUGGCCUGGCCUUAGGCUACUGCACUGAACACUGUUAUCUUGGUCCUGGUCCUCUGAAUGAUUUCAAGCAUUGAGUCUUCUUAAAGAGAAGUGUGUUGAUUAAAAUCAGGAGAUGAGUCUGUCCAAGUUGCAUCAAAGGAACUUAAUUUAACAUGCAAAUGAACAAAUUCAGUGAGCAUGAAUUCUGCAGAAUCCAGACUGAGUUAACAAAGAAAACCUCCUUCCUUUAUCGCACAUUUUGGUAGGCGUUCACUCACUCCUAUGACCGUGGGUUGGCCCCUUUUUCUACAUGCAAGUUACAAACCCUUAGUUUUUGAUGGUGUCACUCUUGAUCCCUCCAGAUAAAGACUUCCCUAAUGUAAUUACAAUGUUAGGUCUCAUACACAACGGUUCCUCAGAAAGUGCUUAGUCAUAAAUUUGUUAUGGCCUUUUUUCUUUAGAUGUAGAGCUUAAUAGUUUUAGUAUUAUAAAGUUGUAAACAGGGACCUUUUUCAAUACAUAGCCUUAUUGUUUUAGUACAUAGAGAUGGUCCUGCACUCAGCACAUACUCACCCUCUAGCUACCUGGUCAUACUCAUGUGUCGGUUGUUUUUCUGUGGAUAACAGUAAUUCUGUGUUACAAUUGGACAAUGGCUGAGUGUGUUGGAUCCAGGGAGAAUAAAAACAUAGAAGUCUAUUUUUGGAAAAGCUUCUCCCUGAAAUUGUUCAAAUAAAUACAUUUAACUCAGUUAAUUCAGUUAAAUGUUUUUUCAAUGUAGCAUAUAUAUAAAAGAUUUCUGCUUGGUGCUGAUGACACUGAAGGUCGAGGGUUUUCUGAGGAAAGGUCAUCCAGCCCAUAAUUUAGGUUACUUGUUACAGAUUUUGUUUGUGGUACUUUUGCAUCAAAACCUCUGUAUGUUGCACAAAGCCAGUGAAAAUGAAGAGUGCUGUGUUCAGGAUUAUUCAUGAGCUCAGCUCUGACCAGACUUUGUACAUCUGUGCGUACUGUGCUUACACUUAGCAUCGCUGAUACUGCAACCAUGAAACAGCUGCAGGGAUGACACACUCACCAUACCACCAGCACUCACACACAUGCUAUUUUGGCUCUUCCUUGCUUCAGAGACACAGCACCUCCCACGCUAUUAUGUGUGCACAAAGCCUGCAAAGGUGUGUGCUUUUUUUUGUGUGUGUGUGUGUGUGUGUCUGUGUGUCUGUGUGUCUGUGGGCUGAACCUGUCUGGGUCUGGGAGGGUGUUAGUGUAAAUUUGCAUGACCCCGGCCUUUAAAGCCUAUUUUUUUUCAGCAUGUGAAAGUCUAAUGGGGUUUGAUGUGUUGUGUGUGUUAGUACGGAGCAGCUGGUGGUGAAGAUCCUGAAAGCCCUGGACCUGCCUGCAAAGGAUGCCAACGGCUUCUCCGACCCGUACGUGAAGAUCUACCUACUGCCAGACAGGAAGAAGAAAUUCCAGACUAAGGUAAACCUUCCAUCCCACCACCCACAAACACACCUCAGUGAGCCAUCAGUGAAGUGUUAAUGUUGUUGGAACGACAAUAGUUUUCUCUCAGCCUGUUUCCUGUCCUCUCAGGGGAAAUCAUUACAGUUUCAAUUAUGUAAUCUCAUCUAAUCUGGGGCAUAAUUUAUUCAAGAUAAUAUGCUUUAGACAAUCACAGAGCACCACGUCUCUGCUCCUGUGUGUUAUUCUGCUGUUUGAGGACAGUUGAGUCAAUAUUUAAGGGUCGUUUCGGGAUGUUCUGUUCCAGGAAAAUUUACCCUUGGCCCUUCAAAAAUCCGCCUGUCUUCAAAUUUAGUCUCUGUGGAAAAACCUCAAGGCCUCUGAGCUCAGUGGCUUCACAAAUGGGAGUUGUAGUUCUCUGUUUUUUCUCCAUAAAUAUCACAGGUACUUUUUGUUCACCAUUUGAAAUCGCUCCCUUUUGGUUUCCUCCUCUUUUGUGUGACUGUCUGCUGUCUCCACAAAAGCCUCUUCAGUCACUGAAAAGCGUGAAUGCAUCAAUCAUCUGCAUAAUACCGCUCCUUUUUUGUUCAAAGUGUAGAUAAUUUUUUAAUUUUGAUCACAUUCUCAUUAACGUGGGAUUUUUACAGCGCUCGCAUUGUGCUGCUUUCAUUCCUCUAGCAGAUAUCACCUAUUUGAGAGGCCGUCUCACUCCUUGUGUUUUUUGGGUACCAAAGUGUUUCUGUCAGCUGUGUUUUAAUCCAAAGCUAACAAGUAAUCAUCAAGUGCUAAUAAGCCAGUGUGACAGACCCACUCAUGCAGUGGCAAAAGUCAGAGUUGGAAAACUGAGUGUGUGUCACAUUUGGAUUAUUACAGGCUUUAUUGCAUGACAGAGUUUAUAUUGAAUGCAAUUAAAUCGCAGUGGUGAAUCAACAGAACGUAAAAAACUGUGUUUUUCUGGGGUUCAUGGCAAAAAAAAGGUUUGUCAUUGAGUUCAAAUGUGAUGAACAGGAAUUAUGGCUUGCUUUUUAUCAGAGUGCUUUUUCUGAUUUAUAAUAAUCUGUUUGAUUUUUUUUGCUGUGGAGCUGGCAGAGCUGGAAAAGGCAGACAACAUGACACACAGUAAAAGUAGAAGUAAAGCACAUUUACACACAUGAAAUGCACAAAAAAAGCAUAAAUCCUGCUUUUUGUUAGAAUAAUGAGAUGUAGGUCUUUGUUUAAAAUCUACAGGGUUGAUUUGAUUCCGCCUCCCGUAAGAAAGGUGAAACUUGCUUUUCCCCCUCUGGGGAAACAACAUAGUCGACCUGAGUGCUUCAGGGUUAAUUAUGCUGAUUAAGGAUGUGUCGCCAACUCCACACGGUUUAUCAAAUCCGUCUUCAUAUGUCUUUUUUUUUGUGGGAAUGCUUAAAGGCAUGACAUUUACGCGGAAUAAUGUCGACCCAAUUUGAUUCCUGCUAUGUCUGUUCGUCAAAGCUGUUCUGUGAGGGAGAGAGAAACCUUUGAUUCAAAAGAAAUGGCGUCUUUCAUGUUUCCAGUUUGUUUUGGGUUUAAAAGAAGAAAUUAGUUUGCAGAUGCAGAAGACAACAGAAGAAAACACCACUGCAGAGAAUGAGUACAAAAACAUCACAGCAAUGAAAGGUGUGACUAAAGACAGAAAGACUGAGGAUCUUUUUUAUCAAAAAAAGAAAAAGAAAGAAACUUUUAAAUGUUCUAAAUUUAGCUCUAUUUUGGAGCCACUUUCAUUCCUGACCAAACACCUUAUUCCCUUUUUUGUCAUUUUUUAAAUUCUCUUACAAUCAGAAUAAAAGCAACAAGGCAAAAUUCACUUUGUUUUCUAAAAAACUAAAUCCAUUUUUGUUUGGUUAGAGAAACACAAGAGCUCUCUGUAAAGCAGGUAGAAAAAUGUACUUUACUGUGCAGUGCAUAGAAUAUCUUUCAUAGCAGCAAAACACCAGACUCUUUGAGGAUUCUGGACACGUCUUCAAAACAGCAUAAAGUGUUGUCAGACAAGCGGCUGGCUUUUUCAAAUCUGGCUUGGAUUUUAUGUUUGAGUAAACCUUGAGUUGUGUCUGUGCCUGGAAUAGAAUCUUUAAUGCAAGAGUCUUCGAUGUAAAAAUGACAGAUACACUAAACACUCUUAGGUGGGCUCAGCCAGGAUAUGAAUUAGUCCAAGAUUUAAGCAAAUAAAUGACUAUAUAACCUUCCAGACAAUACAGUACAUUUAUUUUAUAAUUUUGGGUACUGUGCUGAAAGAUUUGUUAGUGCAAGAGAAAUUAAGGAUUUGUUUUUGAAAAAUAGGUGAAGAAAACAGACUGGCCUGGGCUUCAGUAUUGAGACCUCAAUAGAAAAAAGUGUUUUUCCUUCUCCUUUAACUUAGUUAUAAAAUGAAGGGUACCAAAAAUGUAGAUAUAUAGUCCUAUGUGGACUCCAUCUAGUAACCAAAACUGAUGUUAUAGGAAAAAUGUCAAUGUUUGUCUCAGGCACUGUAUGAACAUUUCUUUUUCUUCAUUCAGUAUUUCCUCUACUUUGAACUCUGAAUAAUCACCCAGAUCUUUGCCCAAAUAUUAAACAUAUUUAUUGACAAAUGGACAGCUUUUUUGUUCAUGUGUGUUAUCAUGUAUUUGGUUUCUAUGCUGUCUUUAUCUUUAAUUUCUCUACUGUCUAUUUGAUGCACAUUUGGACCGAGAGAUAUGCCUGUGUUGUGUAAAAAAAUGUAUCAAACAAAAUUUAGUUUACAAGACAAACAUGAAGAUGUUCAAAGAAAUUAUGCAAAACUCACUGAAACUAGCUAAUUUUUUAAAAUAUAUUAUUCCCAGCUGUAUAUCUGUCUCUCAAAUACCUUUAUUUUUUCAUUACAGAAAUAUCUGAUUAGUUUAUGGUAACAUUAAAAUAAAACAUAAAAUAGGAUACAUUUGCAAGAACUCUUUCCAUGUUUUGACUCAUUUGGGUGAGAGACGCUGGUUGUUUAAAAUGGUGGUGAUCCUGUUUGAGCUUGAGCAUAAUGCUUGUAACACUUUGAAUUAAUCUAAGGAUUUAAUGCUCACAAACUUGAAUGAAUGGAGGAAAAUGGCCUUUGCUAUGAUUAAAUCAGCUAAUACGCUUACAAAAGCAGCUAAAUCAAACUAAACUAAAUCAUGUAGCUAGAUUGGGGAACUGAACUGAACAGGCAAGAAUCAAAUUACUGACAGAAGCAUGUCCGCAACGCUACAGUAGGUGGUGACAUGCUCCUUUUCAGCCCGUAAUUAUUGAGCUGUCUCCCAGUUGACGUGUUACAUCGCACACGAAAUAACUGACAAGAGGCUAACAGGAUUUUUUCAAAUGAUGGAAGCACCGUCACUUUAACAGCUCUAUGGGCUCUAUUCUCGUGUCUCGCUGGCAACGCGGUGUAUACGCAGUGUAAGUCAGGUCCGCCGCGCCGACAAGGCGUUCCCAAGCACAAUUUGGUAUUUUGAUGAGCGGCGCAGCCCGGCAUAAGUAUCCCCCCUCCCUAACUCAGCUCCUCCCAGCGGUGUAAGUCGUAAGGAGGGAGGAGAGAGGGCAGGGAGUGGGUUUAACACAGCCGAGACCUGUAUUGACCAAUCACAUAAGCUCCUCUCCUCGCCUUUGGUUGUUUUGGCCAGACACGCACAGGCGCCAUAAAAAAGAGUUACGCUGUGUGUCACAUAAUCGUUUUGAGAGAGAUGCAGAUAGACAUCCACACAGAGAUGAAAUGGUCGUCAUUUAUGGAUUUGUGUACUCUCGUACCCAUUUUCAAAAAGUACCCAAAACGCCAUGUCCAUGCAGAUGAAACGCCAAAAUGACAAAAAUCUUUUGCGUUUACUCCUGAAUUUAUUUCCACAUGGACGGGAUGACAUUGUCUUCAGACAGCAGAGAGUGCUUUGCUCUUUGUCCAAAACUGCCAAGCCAUACCAAUUCCACACGACUGACUUGCUCUCUCCCUAUUUAGCCACGAAAUUAUCGCCUUCUUUUGCAAACGCCAUCUUUGUUUACACUGGUAUGUGUGGGAACUUGGGAGUGCUCUUGCAGAAAGGGGGAGCCUAUGGUGGCCUGGAGGCAGGAGACAUGAUGGAGAGGAAAAUCGUUUUUAAAUUUUUACAUUUUUUAACAUCGUCACAAUCAAAUAAUCCGAUUAAGUUUUAAAAUCGAUUAAUCGUGCAGCCCUACUGUCUAGGCUGGGGGGCACUCUUUCUGCCUUUAAUGGUGUUUCAAUGCCAGAAUUAAUCAGCGUCAUUGAUUUCAUGUUUAUAACAGUGUUUGAAAUGAUGAUGAGGAAAUGAUUCAAAGAGCCAAAUGCAACUACAUUUAUUUACAAACUCUUCGGUUUUAUAGUGUGAAGAACUAAAUCAUAUAUCUUACCAUAUUUCUGAUUUCUACCAAAAGCAUGCCUGAGUAGUUUUCAGUUGAGGUCAUGUGGAUUUCUUUCAGUCACAGUACUAAACCUUCAGGACAAAGUAUUUUCUUUUUUCAUCCAUUACAGUUUAAAGCCUGGGGUAUGUAGGCUGUAAAAGAAAGAACUCCCUAGUUAACCCUCUUUCAUUUUAUCACAGUGACAUUACAGAGUGUGUUUGCUGUAAAGGAUGGUUGCUCUUACUCCCAUGUACCCACCCGGUUAGUCAUUUAUAGGUACACACAUGUACUGAGUAAUGACACUGUAAAAUGUGGGCUGCAGUGUGAUAGUAAACUCUAAUGUGUGUGUGUCUCUCCCUCAGGUUCACAGAAAGACCUUAAACCCCGUGUUCAACGAAACCUUUCAGUUCGGCGUCCCGCUUAAUGAGCUACAUUCCAGGAAGCUGCAUUUCUCCGUGUACGACUUUGACCGCUUCUCCAGACACGACCUGAUUGGCCAGGUCGUGGUGGACAACCUGCUAGACUUCAGCGAGGGCAGCGGGGACAAACCUGUGUGGAGGGACAUUGUGGAGGGCACAGCGGUAAGGAUGAAAAAAUGGAGGAGAUGGUCACCUUUGAUUAGUCUGCAGAUUCAAUCUGAGUGGAGUUACGGACAAGCGCAAUGAGAAAUAAGAUAGACUCAGGAGGAAACAUCCCACGUGACUCAAGAGACAUUACUGAGCGACUAUCAUUGAGUUCAUGCUAAAAUAUCUAAAUUGAAGCUAUAAAGCAAGAAAAAUUGAUGGGUGUUAUAUAAGAAUGGGUGUUUUUUAAUAAAUUACAGUUUGAAGGUGGCUUCUGAUAACAUUGAACUUACUGGUUUUUUAACAAAUGUAGAUGGCACAGCGUGUCCUUUCAAAACAAAGUUAGACUCAGUACCUUUGCAUGUUGUUCAAAAACAAGGACUUAUAGCCUUAGUCUGACUGAAAUCACAGUACAUCUAACUUUAACAUACCUAGAUGAUGGGGCUGUCUUUCAUGUACAUGCUCUAUCAGACUGAAACUGGCUUUGAGCCCAGAGUUAAGUAGCACAAAUACAUUGCUAGGAGCUGGGGGUACAAAAAAGAAACCUUGACAGACAAAGAGAGGAUGUAAACCAAAGAUUUACCUUUCCUAUCAUACAAAAAUAGGUACAGAGAUGUAAAAGUGGUGGUGUUUUCAUUAUUUGACACACAUCCUGUUAGCCUCUUGCUAACACAGUUUGUUGAUUGUAAACCUAAGCAAAAGUCCAAAUAGCAGUGUUUUUAUCAGAUUAAAAUGCUUAUAUAAUUGACUUCGAGAUGCAGGAUUUAUCUGGGUGAUCUACCCUCCUUUAUAUGUAAAGCUCCUGUGAGGAACUAUUUAUUUAUGUUGACUUUGGCGCCCCCCGGACAGAAUGGUUCUUCUGAUCUCUUUGUUGAUAUUAUCCCACAAUGUAAAUUUGUGUUGUUGUUUUUUUUUUGUUUUUUUUUACCAAAUUUUGUUUGUCAAACUCUCCUGCUAAAAAUGUAAAUAGAAGGCUGUUUUGGAAUCAUGCUGUUCUUUACCCCUCUGGCAUUUACAGCAUCAUAGUUUACAAGCAUCUAAAAUAACUGAAAUAAUCCUCUCGUUGACAGUAGUGUUUAGCUUUUGUAGGUCAUACAGAAGCAUCAGUAGUCAUUGAAAACCAGCCAAAACUCCUUACAGGAGCUUUAAAGUUUCAAGUUCAUUUAAAGGCAUGUGCAAAUUCAGAAACUGCAACUACUUUAAUCAUGGAAAAGCUAAGUUAGAUUUUUUUUUUUUUUACAGUCAGACACAGGUUGAAAAUAAAACAUUCUAACAGGCUACCAAGGACGGUCAUAGCAACCUUACAGGAGAAUGAAAAAAGACCAGUGCAUAAUCGUCUGUCAUUUAAAGACCAUAAACUCAUAAUGUAUGGAAAGGAUGUACAGAAUGUCAUGGGUAUUUCUCUGCAGCACAGAUUGAUUCAGAGUCAGUUAAUGUAAGAACGCAGCAGAGGAGAGUCUGGAUAGAUUACUGGAAGGGCACUGCUGCCCACAUCUAAACUUUUUAUUGCACUGUGUCCAAGUAGAUUUAUAUGAAAUAUUCAUAGAGUGCUAUUAGCAAAUUAGUCAGAGCAAAGUCUUAAAAAAUUUGGCAUGGAUAUUUCAUUUAUUAAAUAAGUUUAAAGCAUUAGCCUCUUGGCGUUAUUGCACUGUUUCACUUGGGGAAGUAUUGAUUAGCGAGGCUCAAAGGCACUAAGGAGUCAUCAGGCCACUGUGUGACCUGAAUAUCAGUGGUGUCAUUACACUGAGACCACAGACACAAAGAGCAGAUCAGUGUAUUGGGAGAUAUAAAAAGCCUGAAGAAUCAUCACCUCUUCUUAACACUUCCUCCACUCACAGAUAUGGACACGGACGGAUUGGCAUAUGAUUCAUUUACUGUGACGGCACUUCCUCUGCGCCUCAACACUCUGCCCAUCCACAUUAGGACAUCGGCUGUCACCGCCGUCACUCACAGAUGUGGCUCUUUUUCCAGCCAUAGACCAUCAAACCAGAGGAUAUGUGUCUGAUAGUGUUUCUCCUAUCUGACUCACAGUGUCCCGGCUCUGUUUCUGAUCCCUGUGUGUGUGUGUGUGUGUGUGUGUGUGUGUGUGUGUGUGUGUGUGUGUGUGUGUGUGUGUGUGUGUGUGUGUGUGUGUGUGUGUGUGUGUGUGUGUGUGUGUGUAUGACCUACAGGAGAAGGCUGAUCUUGGGGAGCUUAAUUUCUCGCUGUGUUACCUGCCAACUGCUGGCAGGCUCACCGCAACAGUCAUCAAGGCCACCAACCUCAAAGCCAUGGACCUCACUGGUUUCUCAGGUAAAGCAUUACCCCCCCCCCCCCCCCCCACACUCCACACACACACACACACACACACACACACACACACACACACACACACACACACACACACACACACAGAAAAAAGGGUGUGUCUGAAAAGUCUUUCAAGAAUAAAGUAUCACAGAAAGCAGCUCAGAUAAGAACCCCAAAAACAGCUCCUGGUGAUUUAUGUUACUGUUUUGGACCCUUUAGUUUUAUUUCCCACUAUAAUUCAGGACUUACCAAUCGCACUGCAAAACAGAAGCAUGGGGACAGUUUCUUGCAAAAUGAGUCAUUUUUAUGCCACAUAGCACAAAAAAUUAAAAAAAAAGUUUACCUCAUCAACAAUAGCACCAUUUCACCACAGUGCAAUGCAGUUGCAAGAUAGGUAGUGCUGCAUUUAGUUUGAAUGUAAAUACAAUGAAAGCCCAUUUCCUGCAGUAAAUAAACAAAACCAAACAGAGACUCAUUGAAAAAAGGGUCUCAAAUGUUAAGUCAUUGUUAUAAGGUUUAAAUGAUUGGUAAUGACUAAACAAUGGAAUAGUUGAAAAGCCAUGCUUGGAAUCUGAAUCAGCUUAAUUGGCCAGCUAUGUUACUCAUACAGGGAAGUUGACUAUGUUAGACUUUGUCUUCUUUGUACAAAUAUUUAAUAUGGAUUAAUACAAAAAUUACAAAAUAUGGACAAGCUUAGACAUCACGUAACUGUUUUAAGUCACAGUGCAAUGAUAAAGAGAGAUAAUUAUGAAAUAAAAGGGGGAAAAAGAGAUAAAAGCUGUCAAAAUUAUGAGAUAAGGAUUAUUGGGGGAGAAGACGGAAUUAUAAAUUAAUUAUUAUUAUUGGGAAUAAAUGCCUGAACCAUCGCAUAAAAAGAUAGGAAAAAUAAAAUCAUAAAAUAAAAUAACAUUCAAAAUAAAAGUCAAAAUUGUGAGGAAUUCAGUCAUAAUAAUGAGCAAGUAAUUUUCUAUUUAUGAGACAGUCCAAUUGUGAUAAUCAUAAGAUAAAAAGUCCAAAUUUAAUGUAUGAUUCAUAAGACAAAAAGAAGAAAUUAAAAAAGUAUUAACAAUUAUAAAAUCUUAAUUAUGAGAUACAAGGUCAAAGUUUAGGGAAAGGAAAGCAUAAGUGGGUGAAAUUACAACAGUGUUAAAUCUUAACUCUUUGCUCCUGUGAGAGUUUUUUUUUGCAUCUGUGAAAAAGACUGAAUUUUUUUAAAAUUAUAUUUUAAAGCUUAAAAAACCAUCAGUGUCAAGACUGAUGAUUGUCAUGUUGUAAUUAUCAAGGGGUAGAUAUCAUACAUGCACCUAAGGAAACAGCUGGUUUUAUAAUCUACGUAUGAAAUAGUCACAGAUAAUAAUACGUUUGAUUUUUUGAGGAAGGAUUCUGCUUAAACAUAAAGAGGACACGAUAAACAAAGAACAAAAGAGGUGUCACAUUGAAACAAAGUGAGAGUUCUCCAUAGGAACUUUAAAUAUUUUUAUCUGGUAAUCUUAACUUUUUAAUCUCAUUAUUUUUGUUUGACUGUCAGAAAUUGUCUCAUUUAUCUCACAAUGAAGACUUGCUUCGUCAAACUAAAGACUGAGCAUUUCAUGUUUUUUUCAUCUUGACUAAUUCUGGGUGCUGUAGAAAUCUCUUGUUUUUCUUUUGUCAUUUUCGUUUGUUUCCUUUUCCUUUAAGCAAAACUGACAAGUUUGUACCAAAAACAUGAACAGAGCCACAUUUUCAAAACCUAAUAAAUCACUGACAUUGAACAAGUUGAAGCAUAGAGUACCAAAAAGUAAAUAACCAUAAAUCUUAGCAGCAUAAUUUCUGAAGUUUAUCAGGCAGAUUGAUUGCUUCUAGCUGUGAAAGAGAAUCCGAGGGUGGAUGUUUUUCCUUCAGGGAGUAGAGUUACUUAGUACAUUAUAAAUAUAUAUAACCUGAAGCUAGUAAGUGAAGAAUUUGUUGCAGUGUGUUGUUGGGCUCCAGAUGUGGCAACAAUUACAACUAAAUCAGCCAAACUUUCACUGUUGGAAAGUGAUAUGGACAAAUGUAGCUGCUGCUUAGACUGAAACCAAUCCCUCAUCUUCACUUGAAGACCUGAAGAUUAGAAGCAAUGCCCGCCCAGACUGGAUGAAAUUACUGAUGAUAAUUAUCACCUGCCGUAAUUGUUGCCAGAGCGGUUUUAAGAUGAUUGCAGUGCAGAAAGAUGCUUCAAAAACGCAGCAUGAAAAUGAAUCUGUGUGUGUGUGUGUGUGUGUGUGUGUGUGCGUGUGUGUGUGUUUUCCCUGGCGGCUGUCACCUUGCUGCACAUGUUGAAUGGAUAACUGAAGUGAUUCAACCUGUGCUGCUUUUCUCCCUUUGUGUGCUUAAUCCAGCUUUGCCAAGGUGACUUGAUUUUCAUGCUUUUUAUGUGUUACAGACGAGGAUAGCUGUGAGAAAUACUACCCAGCAGCCUUCGCGAGAGGCCCCACUUACCUUUCUCUCUCUGUUUCUUCCUCUUUUUUGCCUUCUCUCUCUGUUGUUCUCUUUUUUGUCUUCACCCCCCACCUCCAUCGCUUCCCCCCAUGCCCCUUUUCUUUCCCUUGCUCUCUCUUCUCAUCUCCUCCUCAGACCCGUACGUGAAGGCCUCGCUGAUCUGUGACGGGCGAAGGCUAAAAAAGAGGAAGACAUCCAUUAAGAAGAACACGCUGAACCCCACAUACAAUGAGGCGCUGGUGUUUGACAUUCCCAAUGAAAAUAUUGAAAGCGUCUCCAUCGUCAUUGCUGUGAUGGACUAUGACUGGUGAGCGAGGCAAGGUGUUGUUGUGGAGUUGAUAAAACUGAUAAUUACUGUGAAGCGUGCUGCUCGCUGAAUGCCUGCUUGCACAUGCGGUGUGAUGUUUGCUGUUGCUUUCUGGUUGUCACAUCUCAAUGGUGUUGCAGCUGUGUAGAACACAACCAGGACCCCCCCCCCCCCCCCUUCACAGGUCAGCCUCUCGGUGGACACUCCCUGUUUUACACUGACAGGCAGGCACCUCAUGAAUAAGCAUGAUUUAUGCUAAUGCUGGAGGAGAAGAAGUAUAACCCAGACAGUGUUUUUCUGUCUGCAGCACGCAGCAACACUUGGCUGGUUGAUGUGUUUGUGUAUAGAUGCACCGCCUCCCUAUUAUGUAGUCUGCCCUCCAUUUGGCAUCUCCAUAGGUGUGUGCUUUUGUAUGUUUGUGCUUGUGCCUGCUCUCUGCUGACAUCAACCUUUUAUGCAAGGCUGUGUGUAUUUGUGAGCUGCUAUUCAAUAUCCUUCCUCAGCCGCUGUACUCCCUUCCCAGUCCUCAAGGUUGAUAAAUGAGAUUCUCUCUGCCUGUUUCUUACAAGCCCUGUCUCUCUUUCUCUCCGGGCUUUAAAAUAUCCUCACUCACCCUUUUUUUCUCAACCCCCACCUCCCCUUUCUACUCUCUCUCUCUCUCUCUCUCUCUCUUUCUCUCCUCCCGCUCUCUCUCAUCCCUGCCUCCAUUCCUCUCUGCUUGUCAGUAUCGGUCAUAACGAGGUUAUAGGGAUGUGUCGUGUGGGCAGCGAUGCUGAAGGUCCAGGGAGAGAGCACUGGGCAGCCAUGCUGGCCAAUCCACGCAAACCAAUAGAGCACUGGCAUCAGCUUGUGGAGGUAAUGAGCGUGUGAUCAUGUGUGUUCAUGUGUACCCUGAGCUUAUCUCAUGCCACAUAUGUUAUGCGCUCUUCUUCUGUCAGGGGCUGAUAACCUAAAUGAUUUUAUCGAAUGAGGAUUAUCAUCAGCAUUAAACAGAGGAGUAACAGGAUCAAUGAUGCAUUAGGAUCGCAGUAGUAUCAUAUAGAAGUUUGAGCACAGUAUACUUUUAAAGAAAUAAAAAACACAAGUUUUAGUCUGGUAUUAAAGUAAAAUCUCAAAAAUGAUGAAGAUUAGGUGUGUAUGGGCCAUUAUGUUUAACAAGUUUUAAUUACCUUAUAUAUCAAAAGUUAAAAUAAAAUUUAAAAAUGUUCCUGCUUUAAAAAAGUAAUUAUACUCUUUUCAUAAGUGAAAGGAAAAAUCGCUAGCAUAGCAAACGCUUUGCUUCCAAGUACAAACGAGAUUCUCAUCUGUAAUUUUGAAGUAUAAUGUGUGAAUAUUCAAAGUGUUUUUUAACUCAACUCAGAGAUCUCAUAAAGAGCAUUCCUCAGUCAGCUGUUGAACCAGCGUGCUUUUAUAGAAAAGAAAUUCAGCAGAAAAUGUGUUGGCUAUGUAUGUAGGUUUCUGUGUAGAAGAAUGAGAACUUUUCUUUUUUACCUAUAAAGGAAAUCUUAGCAAAAUUUCACCAGCCUGUAUAUACUGAUGAGUGAAAACGUAGAGCUCUUGUGAGGAAUUUUUGACGUUUAUUAAACACAGUGAAAUUCACUUCAAUGCAUUUCUAUAACAAAAGCAACAAGACUGGUGAUACUUUAAGGGCCUGAUCUACUAAAGGUUUGCAUGUACAAAAGCACGUGCAAACUUGAUAGCGCAUGCAAAAUCCUCCGUGGUCUGCACCACUUUUGAACCUGUUAUUAAUUGUGCACACAAUCAAAGAAGAUCACCCGCAAGACGCCCUCUAAUAGCAUGUGCAAUUUUUUAGUUUGCACACGCAACUUAGUGCCCCUUAUUUGGGAUCUUAGUAGAUCAGGGCCUAAGUGUAUCUUUUGAAUUCCUGAAACGUGUGUGAGGGGGUAGGUGUCAGUGAAGCAGAUGAAGACAUUGCCCUCACAGGAGCUUCAAAUUUUCUUCCUUGUGUGGAAAUGAGUUCUGCUCUAUGAAAUACAUCAUACAUCAUCAUGAUUACAGAAACUAAGACCAAAACUGCACCACUCUGUGGUCACAGCAGCUAAAAUGAAGUGUUUUAAUACAGCACUGUGAGAAAUUUGCGUUUUUUUUUAUCUGAAAAACAUCUGAAGAUAUAUAAGAGGAAUCAGUAAGGAAGUAUAGAGUCUGUAAAAAUGUGUAUACCUCCUCUUUAAGGUUUCACUACUCUGUGACACAGCUGUUUUGCAAUAUUGUGCAGCUUAAAGUUGCACAGUUAGCAUUUGAACAUUUUGCUUUGUCCAAGUUCUUUACUUUUCGUUGUAUAAACAUAUAUUAGCGACAGAAAAUCACUGAAGGACAAACUUGACAAUGCAAGAGAUGGUAAAAGGAACCUGGUGCAGCUUUCAUCUGGAACUUAUUCAUUUCGACUUUUAUUUGGUUGUUGUAGGGAACUGAGCUGCUUUUAACCCUGUUGGUGUGGCAGUAAUGCUAAAAAUAGCUGUAAUAUUACUUUGGCUUGGCAGUAGUUAUUAUGCCUGUGGUUAAAGUAAUCUGCAGCAGGUUUAAGUUUCAUUAAUCUAACUGAAUUCAUAAGAUGUAUCUCCUUUGUCAUAAAGAAUUAAUAGAAGAAAAAAAAAUCUCUUUCCCCCUGCAGGAGAAAGCAAUUGGUACAUUUGUGUCGAAGGGUACUUCAGCAUCCUCGCCUAAGCCGCAUAUCGUGGUGGACAGUCCUCACUCUGAUUAAAACUGUGAGUCUACUGUGAGUUAUCAGCACGCUUACACAUUUGUAAGAUUAUUUUCAGGACAACAGAGUAUGCAGUUUUUUUUUUUUUACGAUUUCACACAUAUCUCCUUGAUUCUACUUGUAAGCGGAGCAGCCUGCACAGCUACCUUAAUGUUUAAAUCCUCGGACGAUGCAGCAGAUGCUCUCCUGUCAGAUUUACUCGGGUGAACUCAUGGAAUCUUUAAAAGCAUGACUUAACUGUGAGUGUGAGAUAAAGUGGAGGCUGUAGAGCUGUCAUAUGUCGGAGCUCUGAGGCAGAAGCAUCUGUAUAAUCUUGAUGUUAUGGGUUAUGUAAUGCAUCUCCCCCUCCUCCAUCCAGUCUUACAGUACUGCUGCAUACUGUUUAUAUAUUCUCUUACCCCCUGACUGUCUCUCUCCUGCUUAAUCUGCCUCUUUUCCCUUAUUCUCUCUCUGUCCUCAGGUCAUUAUCAUCUCUCCAACUCCAGACUUUCCUUUCCUCCCUUUCAUCUGUGAAUAAUUCUCUCCAUCAAAGAAAGAGAGACACGGAGACACUGCAAGUGUCCGACUGCUAGUGCUGUUUUGCUCCUGCUGAAGAAUCCUCCUGUGCUGUCUUUACUGAGCCGGAGGAAAAACAUUCAACGACAUCCAUCACGAGCUACACAUUUAGAAACACAUGCACACACUCAGUGGUACAGUUGGAUUGAUUUCAGGUGUAAAUUUUGGAUUUAACAAGGGACACACACAUUUAACAAGGGACACACACACACACAUACACACACACACACACACACACACACACGCAGGAAUACACACAGAGUUUGUAGUGUGUGCAUAGUUCAUGUGUGCUUUGGGUUAGAGUAGUAUUCAUCUAGAAGGAGUGUGAUGUGACAAACUGUUUUCUCUCUUAAAACAAAACAAAAAAGAAAAAAAGAAGCCAUCCCAGAAUGGUCAUCCAACCAACCAGGACCAAAGGUUCAUGCCCUUGUACAGACUUUAAAAGAAGAAAAUCACUAUGUCGAUAUUUUUCUUUGCAACAUUGGUGUACAGUAUGUGCCGUACUGUAUGGGAAUACAUCUUAUGUAGUACUUAGCAGGACAAAACAUCCGAGAUGGAUUCUCUUCUGCCAUUUUGGAUGCCUUCUGCAGGCUCUGUACCUGUCUUGUUUUAGACUGAACUCGCUUACUUUUCCCCAGAGGAAAGACAAUAAAGCGUCUUUAUUGAUGUCAGAGGAGUGAAAAUGGGGACAGACUCAUUGGUUUAAGCAUGUUACGCAUCCUUGAAAUGUGUCCCUCUUCCUCAUGCUUUUUGUCACUGUCCUCAUGGUGCUCAUGUUUGUUUUGGGAUUAUUUUUGUGUGUGCAAUAAUACACAUUUAAUCAUCAGGAAAGGAGUUUAUUGAUGCCAAUCAUGACUGUCCACCGAGGAUACGUCGAGUGAGCUUCUGAGAGGCGUGGUAGUCAAACUGAAAGACUUUUUCCUCACACGGGACUACACAGGUUAAAUAAAACCCGUGUUUGGGAUCGGACCAGCAUCUGUUUGGAUUGCACUUGCUGGAGGAUAUAUUCCACAGGGAAGGAUAUCACCACUCUGUUUUAUUUUUCUAUCAUUCCAGGACUUUCUGUCUUUUCUUUUCUCAAGAAGUUGCCGUCCAGCUACAUGUGAAAAAAUAACCACAUCAUGUCUCUGACAAGACUCCAGAAGGACACACAUCUGUGUUGCUUUUAUCAGUGUGUGUUAUUUCCGUGUUUGUGGGUGUGUUUGUUUUGUAUUUGUGCGUUUCUGUGUGUACGUGUGUAUGCCUGUGUGUGUGUGUGUGUGUGUGUGUCACUGUGACCUUGUGUGUGACACUCCCCUCUAGUCCUUUUUUCUUUUUUUCUGUCUUCACCUCCCUCACUUCCCUCAAACCAGCCCUGGCAUCCACAGACUGAAAUGCUUGUCUCAGAGCCAAACGUGUCUUCUGUCUCAUGUAUUUACAAGGAGCCAUCUUGUGUGUUUGUGCGCGCGCGUGUGUGUGUGUUAGUGUGUGUGUGUAGAGAAAGAUAGUGUGUGUGUGUGUGUGUACUUUAUGUGCCUCAUUGCACUAGGUGGGGAAACACCGUCUUUCAUAGACAUUAGUUUGUACUGUCUCUGUCGUCUCUGAAAUCAGCUGCCAAUCAUCCAACCCCUCUCCUCCUUUCUAACCCUUUGCCUGACGUCAGUAACUGUGUUGAUCGUGUAAUUCUUUCAGUAAUUUGUGUACCGUUUGUCCAAGGGUAAAAACAGAUGGCACAGUGAUUGAAAUUUUACUGUUGGGUGUGUUUCAAAUUCAAUUUACAAGAUGAGGAAAACAAACAAAGAAGAUGAAAAAGAGAACAUUCAAGGCUCAUUUCUUAUCAGGACAAAUUUAGAUCCCCCUCAGAGCAAGACAGCAGGGAGGAGGUGUUGUGAGAAAAACAAGCGUCUGGAAUUUUCUGCACUUCCUGUGUAAGCUGAUACAGACUUAUAAAGUCAUGUCUGUCACCGCCACUACCACUACUACUGCUGUAACCUCAGCAAAACAACAGUACAACACCUCACCACAUCUAUUUGUACUGCCAUCGUUGCUGUUUCUCUCUCCUACUCACACACACACACACACACAAACAGAUAUGGAGAAAUGUGUGUGUGUGUUUCAGUGGAGGGAUCUGGUUUCUGCCUUUUUGCCUUUGGAUCAUGAAAGUGCUGGGAGACAUUGAGGUGCGUUUGAUAAGGGAAUACAGGAGGUUGCAUAUCCUGCAUCGAACCCUCUGUGAGUUUUGUCAGCUGUGGGCUGUUCGCCAUAUUCACACGGCGCCCAUUUCCCUUUGAUGUCACACUCAGGGUGGGCAGCUGUUUUAAUCUCAUGCUGCUGUAUUUCAGGCUGCCGUACAUCACACAAAUUCAGGGUAUCUUACUAGUGUUAUUUCAAUGCAUUUUUACUGGACAUGGAAAUUCCAGAGAUACUAUGAGCCAUAUACUGGAGAUAGGUCGAUUAACUGGGCUGAUUAACUGCAUUUUAAAAUAAUGAUGUGUGAUGAAAAAAAAUGAAUGGAUGAUGUCUGCAGACACUGCAGGCAGUUGCGUAAACAUAGCUGCUCUAGAACAACAUCCUCUUAAAUACUAACAUGUAAGCCCAUGAGAUAAAUAAAUCAUGUUCUGACAGCUUCUCUGUCAUUUUAUGAAUCAACUCAAAAUCCCUCUGAAACAUAACCAUGAAUAUUAGAUUGUAAUAUGUGGCUGUUAAUAUUAUCAUUAAAUUGUCAUAUUUUAUAAAAGGCAGCAUAAUAACAGCAAUAUGAUAUUAGCUUUAUACAAUGGCUAUUGACUGACCUGCUCUGUAAAUAUUGGCAUCAGUAUCGGCAGCAGAAAACCCUUUAUUGGUCGACCACUUCCAUUUAUCAUUAUGAGACAAUGUAUUUCAUAACUCUGGGCUACUGUCCUAGCUAGCAUUAUACAGGUUAAUUUAAGCUAACAAAAGCUAACAUUUUGUUAGCUAGGAAUGUUCUCCAUUUCUAUAUUAGCUUGUAUAACCCUUAGAAAUAAAUAUAUUUGCUUUGAUAUUAGCUUUUUGGCUGUUGCUAAUGUUUUUUAGUCGGUGGUUACAUAUAAAUGCUAGUUAAGGCCUGAGAAAAGCUCAUAGAUGAUAAAACAUGCUGCUUUGAUAUGAAACACUGCCUUGUGUCCAUCUGGAUUUUCUAAGCUGUUGUAAGAUAAUUGUUUAAUCCCCCUGACUUGAAGCUCCUAUGAGGCAUUUUUGCUUCCCCUGAGGACAAAAGCAUUAAUUUUAAUCUCUUUUCAGAUUUUAUCCUGUAAAUUUGCAACUUUUGAGAACUGCUUUUGACAAAGUCUCACUCUGCUGUCUUAAAGUAGUUACUCACUGAGUCUUUUUCUGGAAAAUGUUAACAAACGCUCUGUCUGCAGCUUUCUGUGACUCACCAUGUUUGACGCCUACCCCUCUGGCAGCAGUAACAAGCAUCAAAUAUAACCAUUUAUAUAUCAUCCAUCAUGCACCAAUUGGUCUGGCUUGCUUUUGUGGGUCAUGUAAGGCUAUCAGUAUUACAUUCUGUUUGUUUCCUUGCCAGCUAUAAACUCCUCAUGGGAGCUUUAAAUGACUUCAGACACAGCAGUAUGACACUCUAACAGCAUUUUACCUUCCUGUUGUGAACGAGACAUAAGAGGGAAAUCGCUGCCAUGCGAAUCUGGUAAAAACAGCAAACACAGAUGAAGUAUUGAUCCAUUGACAUAGAGGCCUCACAACUGUGCCCCUCUCCCUCUCUCUGCUUGUGUCUACCUUAUUUAGCCCUCUUGUUACUGCCUGGUGACGGAUUACAAAACUGGUUGUUGAAUCAGUGCAUUCCUUCAUUCCUCUUUUCCCUCAGUCUUUUCCUCCCCUCUGUUUCUCUCCGUCUGAUUACCGUCUGAUUACUCAUUCUCUCCUCCAGCAACCCCUACCUUUCCUUCCCCUCCCCCCGUCUCUCUCACCUUUCCAUUCCUUGCUCUAUAUUUUCCUUCCUGCUCCCUCCACUAUCUCCCAUCCCUCCAUCUUGCCCUCUUUCUUUCUUUCUGUGUAUGAAGACCCGUUUUCCCCCCUCUCUCUAUUCUCUCUCGCUGUCUUCUCGUGUUAGUGCAGUUCUGAAUGGUCAUGGGGAAACAUGUUUGCAUGCUUAUAUUAACAUGAAUGAUGUCAACUUGAUGCAAUGAAAAAUUAUAUAAGUGAUGCUUUAAGCAAAAAUCUGACAAUGAACUUGAUACUAAUACUACUAAUGAUGACUAAAUGGAGACCUAGCAAUUGUUUAUCUCUGUGGUCAAAAACAACGAUGAUGAAAUAACAUUGUUUAUGCUGUAUUUAUCUUUCUUGAAUCGGUAUUCUUUUAAAUUGUUUUUUUUAUAUAUAAUUUAUUCAAGAGGUUUACUUUUUUAUUGGUUGAAGCUGAGAAAUGUGAGUGAGGGGUUCAGUCAGGACAGCAGGAUUUUGGUGAAUGUGUAAGUAACAGUGUGGCUGAAGCAAUGACAAAGGAAAUAAAGGAUAUGUAUCAUCCAGC